CCCAGUAGAUCAGUGUAACUGGGCGGUGUUACAUUCUGGAAGGAAGGGAGGAAGCAAGGAGGCAACGUCGCUGCCAUACAAGUCAGCAGUCCUGCUUGUCAGUGCAGUGUCUAUACCAGCAGUAUGGCUGUGUUAAUCAGCAGGUGGAAAUAAAUGCCAGGACCGCUGUGUGUGGAGUCGUAAGGCUCGUUUGUAUGUGGAGGUGCCUACUGCCGUCUCAUGCUCUGUCUGUAGUGUGUAGAUGCCUUUGUUGAGAUGAGCGUGAAGGCUUUUGAGCUUGUCCCCGCUGUGGAGCGAGAGCUUCUUAUGGGCGAAAAAGCUCGCAUCAAUAUCGAGUGUAUCGAAUGUUGUGGGAAGCACUUGUAUGUGGGCACCAAUGACUGCAUCAUCCACCAUUUCCUGUUGGAAGAGGUCACUUCCUCUAAAGGGAAACUGAGCUACCUGGCUCAGAAACUCUUGCACAAAUACCUGGGCCUAAAGAAGCCGGUUGCUGAGCUUCGAGCGGCUUCGGCCCUGGAACGUUUGAUUGUGCUUUGCGAUGGUGUAGUGUUUCUAGUCGAUAUGGUGACGUUGGAGACUGUGCCCUCAGCAGCAGGAGGUGGAGCAAAAAUCAGAAAUGUGACAGGAUUUUGCAUAAACGAGAAUCCAGUCAAUGGUGAUCCUUUCUGUGUGGAGAUGGGUGUCCUUACCUCCAAACGGCGUACAGUCCAGAUUUACAUGAUUUACGAGGACAGAGUCCAGCUGGUCAAAGAGGUGAGCACCCCUGAGCAACCGUGUGCCCUCAGUCUGGAUGGUUACUUCUUGUGCCUGGCCCUCGCCACACAGUACAUGAUCUUGAAUUACAACACAGGAUCCUUCCAAGAUCUUUUCCCUUACAACAGUGAAGAAAGAAGACCUAUUGUAAAAAGGAUUGGCAGGGAGGAGUUCCUUUUAGCAGCACCUGGUGGUCUCGGAAUGUUUGCCAAUGCAGAGGGAGUGUCUCAGCGAGCUCCUGUCAACUGGUCAGAGAGGGUGAUCUGUGCCGCUGUAUGUUUUCCUUAUGUGGUGGCCUUAGAUGAGAGCUUCAUCACCAUCCACAGCAUGUUAGAUCAACAGCUGAAACAAACCCUUUCAUUCAGGGAUGGACACAUUCUCCAAGACUUUGAAGGUAAAAUGAUACUGGCUUCCACUAAGGCAGUAUAUGUCCUGGUUCCUCUGCCACUGGAGAGACAGAUCCAGGACUUACUGGCUGGUCAGAGAGUAGAGGAGGCACUCACACUUACAGAGGGGGCACAGAGAAAUAUCCCCAAAGACAGGUUCCAGAUUUUGCAUAAAAGGAUCCUCCAACAAGUGGGUUUUAUACAGUUUGGCCAACUUCAGUUUUCAGAAGCAAGAGAACAUUUCAGGAAGGGUCAACUGGAUGUGCGUGAGCUGAUUUCCCUCUACCCUCUCCUGCUCCCAGCGUCUUCUUCGUUCACACGCUGCCACCCUCCUCUGCAUGAGUUUGCAGAUCUUAACCAACUGGCUCAGGGAGAUCAAGAAAAAGUGCUGCACUGCAAAAAGUUCCUCAUUAGGUAUCUGGAAGAGGUACGAAGCACAGAAGUAGUGAAUGGCUGCCGAGAGGAUGUGGACACAGCUUUGUUAAAACUGUACGCCGAACAGCAUCACGAAAGCCUCAUGGAACUGCUCACUUCAGACAAUUCCUGCCUGCUGGCUGACAGCAUCCCAUGGCUGGAAAAACAUCACAAAUACAUUGGUACAGAAUUACCGGCCAUAUGUUGUUCAUCUGUUCAUCUGCUUUGUCUAGGUAAGAUUGAGAACUGCCAAGAUCUGCUGUUAGAACGUGCAACACUACACGGGAAACUAGAGGAGCACGAUAAAGCGCUGCAGAUAUUAGUGCACGAACUUAAAGACUUCCAAUCUGCUGAGUCCUUCUGUCUCUGGGCAUCAUCUUGCCAGGAUUCCACUUACAGGCAGAAGCUGUUUCAUCUACUCUUAAGUGUUUAUCUCGAUGGGAACCACUGUGGAAGGUCAAAUGCAGGGGGCAGUGGUGGAGAGUAUGACAUGGCGGCCGUGGACCUUUUAAAUCGGCAUGGAGAGGUGUUUGACGCGGCCCAAGUUCUACGAAUCCUUCCGGAAAGCUGGUCACUGCAGCUGCUUUGUCCGUUCUUGAAUCGAGCCGUCAGAGCCAGUAUGCACGCCUGUCGCAUGUCCCAGAUUGGUUUGGGGCUAGCUCAUUCGGAAAACCUUCAGCUACUCCAUGACAGGUUAGAAGAGCGUAAAAAGAACAUUGUCGUGUCCGAGAAGAAGGGAUGUCACCUGUGUCACAACACCUUCAGUCAGCCAGACGUAGUUUGUUUGCCCGGUCCAGUGCCUGUUCACGCUCACUGUGUCGCCCGGAGAGUAAGAGACUCUCCCACAAAGAGACUGUUAGCUAACAGCAGUAACCACACGUGAGACACAACCACAGAAGCUGUCAUAUGACCUGUGUGUGAGCAACCAGAAUAAAGCCGAAUGUACAGAGAUUUGUUAAGGCAGAGGACUGUUUCAUUUUUACAGCACACUAUGACACAGAUAAGGUUGACAAGGCAGGCUGUACUCGUGUGCGUUUGCGUGCGUAUGAGUGAGAAAUCGGAGACAUCGGCUUUUAAUUGUCAUGCUGCACUGUUGGUUUUUACUGAAGUGAAGAAGAAAAAAAAAUCUGCCUUUAAACCAAUUUAAACGAAUAGAAAAAAAACAGCUCCCGUCUUUAGAUGUGUUUUAAUUGCUGUCUGCACUUGGACAGUCCACAGAACUGUGAUUUGACCAACUGCAUGCUAUUUAUAUAGCAUAUUUUAAUUGUACUAUUUAAUUAUCUUGAACUCAUAAAAUAGUAUCACCGUAAUUGUUUACCUUUCUUUUUUUGUUAAACGUCACUGUAAAAAAAAAACACAAGGGGUCUCUCUACAGAUUAACUACGAUGCUCAAAUUUUGAUUAAGACAUUUGAUCCCAAAUUCACACACAACCUUCACAAGUGUAAAUGGAUAUAGUCGAUACUGAAACAUACUCAACGUCACCGAUUUAUCAGAUCGCCUUAGACACGUGAUCAGUCCCAUCAAACUGUCUUGUCGUCACAACCACAUUUUAAGUCUACCUAUUUGCAGUGCAGUAGCAAUCCGCCAGAUGGCACUAACACACAACCUUCAAACAUGCGAUGAUCCACAGUUGAAUUUACUGAGGGUUUCACCUUUAUUCUCACUAUGCUUUUCAAUAUUAGGGGUAAAAAGUAUGCGGGCCACGAAUUGUCCAGAGCUGUUAAAUCAAUCACUAUUCACAGAUCAUUAAAAAACAAGAUGCUUUGACCGUCAUUGGGGUAAUUAAAAUACUUCAGGUGAUUAAUCAUUGCUGACACGAGUGAAUGCAUGUGCCGUGCUUUUUGCAUUCCUGGGGAAAAUAAUGAAAAAGAAACAAAAGCUUUAUCAGCUGUGACUUUGGUGGACCAAGAGCGUCCGACCUGUAUCGUCUCAGCUUUCAUAACCAGUCUCCUGAAGAGUGCUGGAGUUACGGCUUUAACCUUUUAAUCUCAAAUCCGCCUGCAGAGUUGGAAGUCGGCCCCGUUCCAUCAUAAUGAAGCCCUAAAAUUCUUUACAGACUUGUCAUCUCAAAGAACUGCCCUGUCCUUUUUAGCACAUUCCCUGCAUUGUGUAUGUGUCAGAUACCAGUAAAGUGAACCUUGGACCCCAUAAAUGUCUCGCACUGACAGGCAUAACUAGCGGCCAGGCACAACAGCUCUCUGUCAGUCAUAAACAGGGGUUUACUGUAUUCUUCAAUGAUGGUUUGCAAAUUAUGUUAAACAAAAGUUGUGUCUGCAGCAAAGGCGUGAAAUUCAUUGAAAGGAUUGAGGGGAAAAUCCUGGAAUUUUAACUGGUGACUCGGGACAGCUUUUUCAUGUGUCUCACAACAGAUGCUCAUCGAGAUCUCUGGUAAAGCAAGCACCCUUUGAGAAGUUUCUCUUUAAUCAGUCCAAAAGAAGGUUUGGUAAUAUUCCCAAAUAAGGUCUCCAAGGAUGAUCUUUUUUUUCCUUUGGAGCCCUUUCAGAUGUUUAUUACUGUCUUGUAUGUCUCUGUCCAACUGACUAAAAAGACGUGUGUGUCGUGCGCUUUGCUCUUUUCUCUGGUGUCCGUGCUGUUGACGCUUGUAUUUUGUAGCUGCGACCUAUUUCUGUAGACACAGCACUAUUUUUCUACCAUAGACGUUUGAUUUUUUUUGUAGAUAACGUAGUGUGCUGCUUGCUUAAAAGUCCUAUCCUAUCACUGACUUACAAUAAUAAUUGUAAUGUAUGAACACUACGGUUCUGUGGGUUGAAGUGAAUUUUAUAAAUAUAUGUGUACUGAUAUGUAUAUAAUAAAUUUGUACUUAAUUUUGCUUUCCUAAUUGAUGCCAACACAGGUGUAGUGUACAGCUGUAAAUCUGUCCAAUUUAAAUAAAGAGAAAUGCCUGAUUAUCUCA